AUGUCAACGCCUACACCCUUCAGAUCCUUCAUUGGCGGUUUGGGUCUCUCUUUCCCAGUGCAUGCUUUGCUGCUUUUGAACGGAAAUGUCUUUGGAAUUUCGGGUUUCUUUCAUCGCGCAGUACAAGGGAAUUUAGAGGCGCUGGCGGGUAUUUCCGGGCUAAUCGCUGGAGGCCUCGUCAUUGGAACUCUCGAAGGCACAGACAGGACAGGACUCGGUCUCGAAAUGCGACAAGUUCUGCUGUCUGGUUUCCUUGUGGGAUUGGGAACCAAGCUGUCUAAUGGAUGCACAUCCGGACACAUGAUUUGCGGUAUUUCCAGACUAUCCAAGAGGUCAAUCGCCGCCACCGUGACUUUUUUUUCCACGGUAGCGGUAACGGCGCGUUUGUUGCACGGUUCAAUGUUAGGCGCCUCAAAUGCAUCUUGGGAUUGGACUUUGGGGCCGACAGGACAAAAUCUCAUUGCCCUACAAUCAAUCCCCUCAAUUAUUUCAACGCUUCUUUAUUUUUACAAUUCAAACGAUACUGCUCCGAAAGGGCCGCAUAUCUUAGCUCGACGCGCUACUUACUUUACCACCGGGUUCAGCUUCGCCCUUGCCCUUUCUCUAUCUAAUCUCACUGACCCGAUCAAAGUAUUGACGUUCUUACUCCUACCCAUCCAUUCAGCUUUUGAUUCAUCGCUCGCUUUUCUCGCUCUUGGAGCUUUACCCACUUCUAUCAUCUUAUACACUUUCUUCCGCGGAACGCAAAGACCUAUUCUCGGUGGCUCAUGGGCGAUUCCGACAGGAGGAGAGAUUGAUUUGAAGCUCUUGACAGGAGCUGGGCUGUUCGGGGCGGGCUGGGGAAUAUCGGGCAUCUGUCCUGGACCAGGCCUGGUGAACUUUGGUCGCGAUAUUACGUCAGGUUCUGACUUUUGGCCUCUGGUUGGUUGGUUAAGCGCUGUCGCCGUGGGAGGCAUACUUGGUUAG